UUUUACAGCAAAAACAUACACAGAUUUCUCCUCUUGUCGUCCUCUCCUCGGGAGCAAUACAUUAACCAGAGACGGAGAGGCUACUCAGAAUAGGAGCUGUCUGUUAUUGAUAUAGUAUAUGCUAUAGCAGUAGUAGUUGUGAUUGGAGGAGAAGUUUGGGGAUUUUGUUUUUUGGGUGGGGGGAAACGAGACGAGACGAGACAUAUAUUGAUGGAGCUGCAAAACACAGUCACAGAAGCCCUAAACGCACUUUACCACCACCCGGAUGACGCCGUUCGCAUGCAAGCUGAUCGAUGGCUUCAAAAUUUUCAGCGAACAAUCGAUGCUUGGCAGGUGGCUGAUAAUCUGCUUCAUGAUACUGCUAGUAAUCAAGAAACUCUGAUCUUCUGUUCACAAACGCUUAGAAGCAAGGUACAACGGGAUUUUGAAGAAUUGCCUUCUGAAGCUUUUCGUCCUUUACGAGAUUCUUUAAAUAUGCUACUGAAGACAUUUCACAAAGGUCCCCCCAAAGUUAGAACACAGAUUAGCCUUGCAGUUGCUGCGUUGGCUGUUCAUGUACCUGCAGAUGAUUGGGGAGAUGGUGGUAUCGUUAAUUGGAUAAUGGAUGAGAUAAACUCUCAUCCUGAAUAUCUUCCAAGUUUUCUGGAGCUUCUUAGAGUCUUGCCCGAGGAAGCAUUCAACUACAAGAUAUCAGCUCGGCCCGAUAGACGCCGUCAAUUUGAAAAAGAACUUGCUUCUGCCAUGGAGGUUGCCCUUAGCAUCUUGACUGCUUGUUUGAAUUUCAAUGAAUUCAAGGAGCAGAUCCUUGAGGCUUUUGCUUCUUGGCUACGGCUAAGGCAUAGGAUCCCUGCAUCUAUGCUUGCUUCAAAUCCGCUAGUGCUUACAGCUCUCUCAAGUCUGACCUCCGAUGUGCUUUCAGAAGCCUCAGUUAAUGUUAUUUCUGAAUUGAUACACUACACAGCAGCUAGAUACUCUGAUGGAGUUUCUUCACAAUUACCCUUAAUUCAAGUAAUUGUCCCACAAGUUAUGAAUCUAAAGCCACAACUUAGAGAUCCAUCCAAGGAUGAGGAAGAUGUAAAGGCCAUUGCACGUCUAUUUGCUGACAUGGGCGAUUCAUAUGUUGAAUUGAUUGCGACUGGAUCUGAUGAAUCAAUGCUGAUUGUGCAUGCAUUACUUGAAGUUGCUUCACAUCCAGAGUUUGACAUUGCGUCAAUGACUUUUAACUUCUGGCAUAACCUGCAGAUGAUAUUGACUGAUAGGGAUUUUUUCAUAUCUUCUGGUAAUGAAGCUUCCAUUGAAGCUGAAAGAAGUCGCAGGCUGCAGAUUUUCCAUCCAUCAUACGAGUCACUUGUUGCCUUGGUUAUAUUUAAAGUUCAAUAUCCUGCGGAUUAUGCAGAGUUGUCAAGGGAGGAUCAAAAGGAUUUUAAGCAAACUAGAUAUGCUGUUGCUGACGUCUUAAUUGAUGGAGCACUAGUUUUAGGUGGUGAAGCAACGCUGAAAAUUCUGUAUAUGAAGCUUGUUGAGGCUUUAAGUUGCUGUGGGAAGGAUAGCAGUACAGAUUGGCGUCCUGCUGAAGCUGCUCUGUAUUGUAUACGCGCUAUAUCAGAUUUUGUUUCAGUCGUGGAAUCUGAAAUUAUGCCGCAGAUUAUGUCCUUGUUCCCGAAACUUCCUCAUCAACCUCAAUUACUGCAGACAGUAUGUUUAACAAUUGGAGCUUAUUCAAAAUGGCUUGAUGCUUCGUCAAGUGGGCUUUCAUUCCUGCCAUCUGUCAUAGAUAUUCUUGUUAGUGGUAUGAGUAUAUCUGAAGAUACAGCAGCGGCGGCUUCUUUGGCAUUUAGACACAUAUGUGAUGAUUGUUGCAAAAAACUGUGUGGGUCCUUAGAUGGUUUGUUUCAAAUAUACCAAAGGGCAGUGAUUGGAGAAAGUACUUUCAAGGUUUCAGCUGAAGAUUCAUUACAUCUUGUUGAAGCUUUAAGCAAGGUAAUCACGGAACUUCCUUCAGAGCAUGCUAAGAAAGCCCUGGAAGCAUUGUGCUUGCCAGCUGUUGCUCCUUUACAGGAGAUUAUUAGUCAAGGACCCUUGGUAUUGGGGCAAAAAACUGCUCGUGAGCUUACUGUACAUGUUGAUCGACUUGCAAAUAUUUUUAGACAUGUAAAUCAUCCAGAAGCUGUGGCAGACACAAUUCAUAGGCUUUGGCCACUUUUCAAAGCCAUCUUUGAUCUUCGUGCAUGGGACAUGCGGACAAUGGAAUCUCUUUGUCGGGCUUGCAAAAAUGCUGUGAGAACUUCUAAAAGGUUUAUGGGAGUGACAGUUGGAGCAAUUCUAGAGGAGAUACAAGGACUGUACAAACAACACCACCAACCAUGUUUCCUUUAUCUCUCCAGUGAGGUUAUUAAGAUAUUUGGAUCUGAUCCUACUUGUGCAAACUACUUAAAAAUAUUGAUCGAGUCUCUCUUUAGCCAAACAACAUGCCUGCUAACGCGUAUUCAGGAAUUUACCUCCCGGCCAGACAUAGCUGAUGACUGUUUUUUGUUGGCGUCGAGGUGUAUACGUUACUGUCCUCAGCUAUUUUUCCCAUCACCAAUAUUUCCACCAUUAGUAGAUUGUUCCAUGGUUGGCAUGACUAUACAGCAUAGGGAGGCUUCAAAUUCUAUAUUGAACUUCUUGUCUGAUAUAUUUGAUAUCAGCAAAUCUAGUCAAGGAGAAAUUUAUUUACCUAUAAGGGAUAAUGUUAUAGUUCCUCGUGGGCCUAGCAUUACCAGAAUUUUGGUAGCAUGCCUAACUGGAGCUCUUCCAAAUUCACAAGUUGAAACGGUGACGUAUGCGCUGCUAGCACUUUCUCGAGCUUAUGGAGUUAAAACUCUUGAAUGGGCCAAGGAGACUGUUUCUUUAAUUCCAUCUACAGCUGUUACGGAAUUGGAAAGAUCAAAGUUUUUACAAGCUUUGUCAAAUGCACAACUUGGAAAGGAUAUUAAUGAUCUUAAGCUUCCAAUUGAAGAGCUGUCAGAGGUUUGCCGGCGUAACCGGACAGUUCAAGAGAUUGUUCAAGGAGCUUUAAGGCCGCUUGAAUUGCACAUAGUUACUGUAUCAUAGUGGAGAGCAACAUACAAGGGCCAAUUUUUUUUUCUGCCCUUUAUCGGUAGCCAAAAGUAGUUUACAUGAUUUAUAUACGCACCCAUUUUGACCAUGUGCGAUUGAUCGUCUUUUUGCCAGUUAUAUGGUCCAUGCGGGUUGAAGGGUGAAAUUUGUUUGGUGUUUUUUGAUUUCUUCUCUCUGCUUCUUUUUUUCUUUCCUCUUCUUUUUGAUCCUUUAGGGGAUGAUAGGGGAUUUGAGUGGGUACAGAAUUUCAGUCGUGGCUGAAGUUUUUGUGUUGUAAUACUGGAAUGUUUUGGAUCAUGACUCCAUUGAUUUUUCUCAGUUGUACAAUGUAAAGUAUAAGUUGGUGAAAAGUAUUCUAUUGCAGUCUGCAGAUGAAUUUUGUUUA